UGUCGUAUGUCGAUUGUUGAUAGACCUCGUGCGUUCGUCUUGAAAGCCUUUGCAUAACUCAUAAGCGCCGAUUAACGUAAGUUCACCGUUUAAUAUUGCUUGAGUCUGCAUUGAAAAUUACUAUGGAAACCAGAAGUAAAGCCGCUUCACGCAAUCGUGAUAAAUCGGAAUCCUCGAGUAAGAACAAAUCCAAUCCUCCAUCCAAAACAAUCAGGAAAAUGUCGAGGGAAGCCAAACGUCAGGAAAAGAAGGAUGUGGCUGAUGAAAAAUCCAGCAUUACAAAUACAAUGAGAUGUAGAAGAUACUGGAACUUGAGAAUAGUACUACAGCUAUGUGACGAGCAACCAAUACCCAAAAGUGAUGUCAUUAAUUCUGCCAGAAUGAAACCUAGAAAAAACUUGAGAGUAGUACCACACAAAUGUGAUGAGCAACCAAUAUCCAAAAAUGAUGUCAAUAAAUCUGUUGAAAAGACCAAAAAGGUAACCAGAAAAAGAUGAAAUGACAAUGGUUACUGAUGUACCUACUUUAAUAAAAAAAUACAACACUUUCUACACUUCAUCAAAUUUUAAUAAUCUUUAUAAUACA